AUGUCCCAGAAAGCUCCCAACGCCAGAUCCCGGUCUCCGACAAAGUCGCCCAGCAAACUGCAGUACAAAUUGCUGGCUCCGGACCUGGGCACAGAGUAUGUUAAUAAUACCAAUAUAAAGGUGAUUGUGCGGUUCAGGCCCGAAAAUGAGAUGGAGAAGGCCAGCGGCGCCACGAAUAUUGUCGAAUACCACCCAGAUAACCAGAGCGUCUCUGUCACUGUGGCGUCGAAUACCAGCAAUUUCACGUUUGACCGGAUAUUCGACGAGCACACGGAGCAGGAAGAUAUCUUCAAUUACUCGGUCAGACAGACCACCAACGACCUGGCAUUGGGCUAUAACGGAACCGUGCUAUGCUAUGGCCAGACAGGAUCCGGAAAAUCGUACACGAUGAUGGGCGAUCUGCACGACGAGAGAAAUAAAGGUCAGACUCCGCGGAUAUUCGAGCAGAUAUUCCAGGGCAUUGAGAACUCGCCCAAGACGCUCGAGUACACGGUCGGCGUCUCGUACUUGGAGAUAUAUAACGAGAAUCUGCGGGACUUGCUCAAUCCAAAGAACAAUUCCAAGCUGGCGAUCCAUGAAAACAAGGUCGAUGGUGUCUAUGUGAGCAACUUGGAGACUCUGUAUGUGUCAAACCUCAACGAUGUGUACACUAUUCUGGACCAGGGAAACAAGAACCGAAGCGUUGGUUCCACGAAUAUGAACGAGCAGAGCUCACGAUCGCACGCUAUCUUUCAAAUUCGAUUGAGCUCCAAGAACUUGGAGGACGGGAUAAUCAAGACAGGCAACCUGUUUCUAGUCGAUCUGGCAGGUUCAGAAAAAAUCGACAAAACAGGUGCUUCUGGACAGCUUUUAGAGGAGGCCAAGAAGAUCAACUCGUCGCUCUCUACGCUUGGAAAUGUCAUCAACUCUCUCACGGACGGCAAGUCCACGCAUAUCCCUUACAGAGAUUCCAAGCUCACGCGUAUUUUGCAGGAAUCGCUCGGAGGAAACUCCCGAACCACGCUAAUCAUCAACUGUUCGCCUUCUUCGCUCAAUGAUCAGGAAACGCUAUCCACGCUCAGGUUUGGGUCGCGGGCCAAACAUAUCAAAAACAGUGUCCACAUCAACAGCGAGUUGAGCAACCAUGAGCUCAAGAAACGAUUUUUCGACCAAGCCAAAAUUAACGAAGAGAACAUCCGAAAAAUACAGAAGCUGGAGACACGGAACCAGGAGCUGGAAGAAGAGAACGGACAAUUGAAAGAAGAGCUCGCGAAGUUCAAGGAGCUCAUAAACAUGAAAACCGCUUCGGACGAAGUGGCCAAACUGAACGACACGAUCAUGAUGCUGAAGUCGUCUCAAUUGGUCAUGACCAGAGAGCUGGAGCAAAAGAACGCACAUAUAGCAGAGCUCGAAAGCAAAGCGAACGAGUCUGUUGAGAGCGCUUCAAAGCUCGAGGCUUUGGAGAAGGCCAUCGAGCAUUUCUCCGAUCACAUUGAGCAGAUCGAAGGACAGAAUAAACAGCUGAAAAAGGACAUCCAUGCGUUGCAACAGAUGAGUAAUCAGAAAACUAAUAAGAUCCAAGAGUUGGAGCAACAGCUGAAAGCACAGGAGAUGCUUGUGGAGCAAGAUACACAGAUGUUUGAGCAGAAACUCAAUCAUUUGAAAGGACGUGUGUCCUCGCACAGAUCAUUAAAACAGCGGACGGUAUCAGGUGAAAAGGAGAAUUCUGGGUCGAGCAUUGCAUCGCGCACGCGGCCGUCUACCAAAAAUCGGAUAGGACUCAACCUGAGGAUUGUGAAGCCAAUGAGAGGUGGUCAACAAGGGACAUGA